AUGCUUAAGCUUGGUUAUAAGUCAUAUUUUAGUCGCUCGGUAGCACAGGUGGUUAAAUCUGCUGUUAAAGUGCCCAACGAAGCGCACCAAGGCUCCAGAGCAUCAAAUUUUGACAGAAACCUACCGAAGGAACGUAGAGUCAAAGCCUGGGAGAGAGCUGGAGAGGAUAAAGACUCUUGGUUCAAAAGGAAAUACGCGCAUGUUCACGCGAAAGAGAACAGACGAGAAGAGUCGCGGAAAAUACAAGAUGUUGAAAAGAGAGAAUCUAAAAGUCAGUACCAAGAUCAUAGGGCUAAGUUUGGGAAUCGUAAUAUGAUAUCUGGUCUCAGGCCGAAUCCGUUGAUGGAGUAUGUCUACGGAACCAACAGUGUAAUUUCCGCUCUACGAGCAGACAAAAGAGAGUACUUUUCCAGAAUUUUGUAUCAUGCUCCGUUGGCUCAAGAAGUCCAAUUACUUGCCAAAAAGAAGGACAUCCAAUUAGAAUUGGUGGACAAACACCGUCUGAACCUUUUGACGAAUUAUGCAAUUCAUAACAAUAUUGUGCUAGAGACAAAGCCACUACAGUUGCCGGAAAUUAAACACCUUGGUCCUUGCAAUGUGGAAAGUCAAGCUUUUUCUUACGUGGAAUCAUUCUUCGAUGAGUCCCAAGAACGGAGUGAAAACUACUUAUUAAAAGAGGGCAAGCAGUUUCCUCUAGGCCUUUUUCUAGAUGAGGUGGUAGACCCACAUAACAUGGGAGCUAUUAUUAGGAGUGCAUAUUUCUUAGGCGUUGAUUUCAUAGUACUGUCCCGUCGCAACUGCGCACCAUUAUCACCAGCUGUUGCCAAAACAAGUAGUGGUGCUACUGAGCUUCUGCCAAUUUUCAACGUGGACAAACCCUUGGACUUUUUCACAAAAUCUCAAACAGAAGGCGGCUGGACAUUUGUCACCGCAGGUGUAUGCUCGGAUAAUAAAUUCACCAAAAACAAGAAAAUGGCACCCCAAGACUUGCACGGCAUGUUGCAGGAAUUACCAGUGGUGCUCGUGGUCGGAAACGAGGGCACGGGAGUACGUACGAACUUGCAAAUGAGAAGCGAUUUUAUGGUAGAAAUUCCAAAGGGCCGCGAAACGUCUGGUACGUGUUCAGUAGACUCUUUAAACGUUAGUGUGGCCACAGCCGUUUUGCUAAAUUCGUUGCUCAGUUGA